AGCCCUGCACAGGAUUCAUAACGCACCUCCUGGCUUCAUAAUCAAGUUUAAUAUCAUCGAAAGAGUUGAUCGGUUCAUUGAAAUAAUUCAAGAGUCAUGAGUUAAUCGCGCAGUCCCGCCUUGAACAGGGAAAUGUGACCUUGAUUUGUGAGCAUGAAGUUUGGGUCUGUUAAUGAGCUGGAGAUGAAGAGCUCUUCAUAACUCUCCUCACACUCACUUCAGUGAUGCUGCCGCUGAGUCCAGCACAUCGCUUUCUGCUCACUUCCAGCAAGGCAGGUCGUCCCUGCUCAGUUUAUUUGCGCUUGUAAUCAGGUCUAUCACCAGGAAGCCUCAUUACGCCAUAUAUUUCUUUAAUUCAGCUUAUUUGGACUCAUAAUGUCUGGACUGAAGUUGAACGGGGCACUGAUUCUGUGCGUCCUGAUGCUGUCGUUCUCUCUGCCGGACGGUCAGGUGCUGGACUGUCGCGAAGUAAGCUCGUCUUUUCAGUUUUUGUACCCGGGGAUGAAAUGGACCCCAGAAACGCCAGUCUCAGGCUCAGAUCUGCAGGUGUGCCAGCCGAAAGGCCUGACUUGCUGUUCUCGCAAAAUGGAGGAGCGCUACUUGCUCAUUGCCAAACAGAAUAUGGAGACCAGUCUCCAGGCCACCAGCGCCCAGCUGAAAGUUCUCAUCAUUCAGAAUGCCGCCCUAUUUCAAGAGGCUUUUGACAUGGUGCUGCGUCUGGGUCGUAAUUCCACUCUGAUGCUCUUACGGGAGGAGUUUCCCAGUUUGGGGGCCGGUGCCAGUGGAGCCGUCACACAGUUAUUCCUGGAAAUGUCUCUCUACAUCCUGGGCUCUGAUGCCAACGUAAACGACAUGGUCUCAACCUUCUUUUCCCGAAUUUUUCCCUUCACCUACCGCCGUCUCCUUGGCAAUGGGGCAGUGACAGGCAUCUCGGAAGAAUGCCUCCGUGGGGCCUGGAGGGGAAGCUCUGCAUUUGGAUCGUUUCCGAAGAUGAUGAUGACCCGGCUGUCUCGCUCGCUCCUGGCCACUCGGGUCUUCCUGCAAGCGCUGAACCUGGGCAUCGAAGUGGUCAACACCACCCAGCACCUGCGUGCGGGCAGGGACUGCGGGCGCUCGCUGCUGAAGCUCUGGUACUGUCCGCACUGUCAAGGCCUGCUGGAGGCCCGGCCGUGUCGCCCGCUGUGUGUCAGCACCAUGGGGGCGUGUAUGGGUGGAGCUGCGGAGGUGCAGCCUCACUGGAGGUCAUACGUGGAGGAACUGGGGUCACUCGCCGCUGCCAUGAAGGGGGAGCAGGACAUCGAGGCCGUGGUGCUCAGACUGCACGUCAUUAUCAGACAGGCUCUAAAACAAGCCGUGGCCGCCAAGAGCAAAGUCAGCGCACAGGUGAGCGGGAUAUGUGCACACGCGCCCCCGCGGGUGUCUCGUGCUGCACCGAUGUCGGCAGAACACGCAGCUGCCUCGCCGGUGGCCCACAGUCGUCCAACUGUGAACUUUGACCCCGAUGAGACCCUCUUUGGACGGCGCAGGGAGUUUAUCUCGGGUCUGAGGGGCUUCAGUCAGUUCUACAGUGGCCUCGGAGAAGCUCUGUGCAGCAAAGAGCCGACGGCACUCAACAGCUCCUUCUGCUGGAACGGACAGGAGAUGACAGACAAGUUUACUGGUCCAGGGAUAAAGAAAGUCAAUCCACAUGGCUCAGAACCCAGACAAAAGCCUCCUGAACCCGUCAUCAGCCAGAUCAUCGACAAACUGAAGCACAUCAAUCAGCUUUUGGGGAUGGUGACGUUGCCUGAAAAGCGAUGGAGGGCUCGACCAGAAGGGGGCGCUGCGAGGAGAGACCCAGCCGUAAAGGGUCAGGCAGACGAGGACGAGGAGGGUCUUGAAAGCGGGGACUGUGAUGAUGAAGAUGAGUGUACAGGUGUUUCUGGACUCGGGCCGCCCCCGAGACACAAACGUCUGCGCAUCUUUGCAGAUUUGGCAGAUAACUUGGCAAUUGACGACUUAACACUUCAUGAAUUGCUCCUGACUCCCAGACUGGCCACAGACUCCCAAGGGGGAGCAUCCGUACCUGGAGCAGCACAGGCGGCAUAUUUUCCUAGUGCAACCUUUAUUUUUACCAUCAUCAUAAUUUUGGGUCUUCAGUGAUCACGUCUGAAGCUCUAAUGAUGCCCAAGUGUACAUAUAGCUCCAUGAUUUUGGCCAAGGACAAGAACCUUUCCUCUUCUCAGUCUUAAGUCUUACUAUAUAAACCUGUUCUUUUCUAUAUUUUGUGCGGACCUGAGGAUCAAUUUCAUCUAAAUGCUCAGACUAUGAACUCAUUCUUCUACAGCAUGAAGAGCAUUACUUACACAUAGAAGAAUCAUGUUCUUUCCCUCCGAACUCGUAUGCCACACAACAGCCAUGUGUUUUACAUUGAGCAUCGCCUCCCCUCUGCUAUACACAUGCAGUUUUACACAAAGGCCAAAGCCUUCUGGAGGAAAAGGAGCUAAAUCGCUUUUGAAAAGACAAAGAGGCUCAGCUUUUGUGAGUGAAUGGGCACACUUAAGGAGAAGGAAGCGUGACUGACAGAGUCUGGGAACACAUACGAUCGCGGUCUCAUACAUACACUGCAGUGAGCUUCUCCUCUGCUGCUCAUUUCCUGUGCAGUAAAUGACCCUUGGAUUGGAGGACAUCAAGGCAUCGGCAUGUCGUUGUGAAACCCUCUCCUUACAGGGCGACACAGCUGUGCUUCAUUUACAAAAAAAAUGCUUUAAAACAGUUUUAUUAGAAUGCUGACUUUCUCUCUUCAGAAAAUGUGGUAUUUUAUAAUCUCUCUUUGAUUUCGUCGCUCAUUAUCUCUCUUCCUUUUUCUUUCAUUUCCUCUAUUCUUGGAUUAUAAUCAUGUGAUUAAAGCAUUCUCUUAAAUGGACACACACAAAACUUCCUGUUUUUCCUCUCUCCUUUUCGCAAGUCGCUGUAGCAUUUGCCUUCAGUGAAAGAUGGCUUGAUGGAUUUGUGCAGCUUUAAAGUUUUCUGUUUCUAGGCAUCUUCAUAUACAAAGGGCUAAAGCUGUCAUUUCAGAUCAGAAUGGGAAAACUAGUGUUUACACUGUUUUCCUUUUAUAACCUGAUAUUUAAUCUGUUACUGUUCUUCUUCAUCUGUCACGUGUGUUUUAAACAAAUUGAAAGAAUCAGCUUCAUUGUGCUAGACAUCCCCAAACUGGAAUGAUACACAGUGUCCUGCAAGUUUUAAGAAGAUUACCAAUUUUAAAUCAUACUUUUUUUUCUGUUGUUGUAUUAUUUCAAAGCACUUAAACUCAAAGUAAUUUUGAAGAUGAAGAGUGUAAUGCAUUUAUUUAUUUAUUGUGUCUUUGUGCCUCCUUCCCAGAAAACCAUCCAAAUCCAUUUGAAGAUUGACUUCCUCAAAGGUUGUAAACACUGCUGGGCCUUUUCAGAACUCUUUGUUUGAGUGGUUAUGUCAACUUCUGAUUCCACCAGAGACUUGAGUUCAGAUCAAAACGGUCUGUUAGCUCAAAGUGUUUUGGGAAUCUGUUUGGGUUUUUGGCAAUUCCAUUCCACUUGCUCACCAAUGGAUCCUCUAAAGUGAAUGGGUGCCGUCAGAAUGAGAAUAAGAGUUCAAACAACUGAUAGAAGCAUCACAAUAAUAAACAAGUAAUCCACACAACUCUAGUCCAUCAGUUAACAUCUUGUGAGUUUGUGAGAAAUAAAUCCAUAAUUAAAGCAUUUUAUUCUGGCUGAAACUCAAGUUCAUAAUCAGUUACAUCUCUUGCCCCAAAAAUAAAGUCUAUCCCCUGUUGUUGUCGAUCAUCAAAAUCCACUGACAUAUUUAUUAAGAACUUUUAGACUGUUUUCCCUUAUAAACAGUGCUUGAUUUGUGUAUAUUUUUCUCCUGAUUCAGACAGGAUGACUGUUUUUUUGUGGAAAGAGUAAUAUUAUGGAUAGAGGAGUUGUAGUCAGAAACAUGGGUUUGUAAUUAAAAAUGUUUUAAUGAUGAAUUUGUUUCUUACAAACACGCAGCUUUUCUCUUCACAAGACAUUAAUUGAUGGACUAGAGUUGUGUGGAUUACCUGUGGAUUAUUUAUCAGCUGUUUGGACUCUCAUUCUGAUGGCACCCAUUCAGUCGUCCGGUGAACAAGUGAUACAAUGCUAAGAAGAAGAAGCAAAGUCAUCAGCAUCUUGGAUACCCUGAGGAUGAGUCAGUUUUUAUUUUGGGAUGUGAACUAUUACUUUAUAGUGUUAAACUUCUGUAAUAUUUUUAGAUUCCCGCCUGUGGACGCUUGGAUCAACAGAGGGGGUGCACCGAAAUCAAAAGUGAAUUAUAUGUGUUGAUUUUUUACCAAAAAGGAAACUCCCAGCAAUUUUUCUCUAGCACUGAUUUCAGAAAAUGUUUUGCCUUUCUACUGCAUAGACAGAAACAUUUUAUUAAAAGCCCAUUUUGCCAGCUGUGAAUCAUCCCUUUAAAUACUGAACAUCGGCUGAUACAAUAAAAAAAAUACAUAAAACAUUACACUUAAAAUACAUUUAAAAAAUCAGGUUGCUGAAAUUCGAUGCUGACACAGGUUUUCACCAUGAUACAUCAUUCAACCACGUGCUCCUGUUCUGCUGAAAAAGUUUUGUUUUGUAGCAGACUAAAUAAUGAUUUCUUGGCUUACUCAGACUUUACAGAACUGCUAGUCUUUAAGAAUGGUAUUUUCUUAGUGUUUUACACCACACAUAUCAUGCCACAUAUGUUAGCCCCAUUUGACAUCGUUUGAAAAGAAAUCGUUUUAACACAUUGCACACCUCAGUCAAUAUUAUGCUUUUUGCCAGGCUACAGUUAUGCUUUUAUGUGAUUCUUCAGGAGUAACGGGAGCUUUUGUGCCACUCUCCCCAAUAGACCAGUGAUACGCAGAGCUCUUGAUAUGGUCGACUGGUGCACCUUCACUGAUCACUGGCCUCUCUGUAGCUCACCUCAGCUCUCAUUCAUGCAUUGAGUAUUGCGGGAUAGUUGUUUUGUGGCAAUGUCUGGAUGGUUCAGUUUAGCCCCCACUUCCUGAUAGCUGUGCCAACAGUUCCAACUGGGACAUCCAGAUGCUUGGUUAAUGUUUUGGGGUGGUUUUCAUACAUUCAUAAAUUUGCUUUACUUUAGCACAAUUUCUCUGUAAUGCUCCUUUGUCUUCAUUUUCACAGCUGUCCUUCACAUUCACAGCCUAGAUAUUGAUCACUUAAGUCUGGGGUUUUAUCCAAAAAAAUGUGAUGGUUAUUUUAAUGAGUCGCAGGUAAAGGCCAGUUGGGAGGCAAUUGUGUCCUGGUUGCAGCAAUAGUUUUACAACUUAGAGCUUAAGUUUAUUUGAGCUUUCCUUUUAUGUCACAGUAUUUAAAAGAAAUAAAUUUGAAUUUAAGUGUUUACAAAUGAAAAUAUCACAACUUUAUUUAUUUGAAAAAGAUUUGGUUAAAGGUCUUUUGCAAUGCAAUGCAUAUUUACAGAAAUAUGCUUUAUGUAAAUUUGUAAGUAAUAUAAACCCUAGGCUGCAAGGAGGCAUAAUACAUUCAGUCUGAAAGAAAAAAAAAACAUGCAAACUUUAAAAACAAACUAUGGCUGACUGAUCGAUAUACAAAAAUCUCAGUUUAAUUGAAACAAAUCGCUUAUUGCCAUACAUUAUGCAUUAAAUGACGGAUGUGCUUCUGCCAGUAAUGGAAUGUGUUGAGUGCCGUAAUUAAACUCUGAAUUGUGUAAUACUGUUUAUACUGGUACUGAUUGCACAGUGGGUGUGCAUUCAAGGGCCAUUUGGCACAUCUGACUACUUGAGCUUGGCUUGAGCUGUUCAAUAACCAGAGUGACAGGGGAGGGGGAUAAAAUGGAGCCCUUCAUUCACGUCUGGGUACAGUUACUCAGACCUUACAUUAAUAGAACUUUCCUGUCUGUACCUGCUGUUCUGGGUAACCCAGUGUACAGAGUGUUUGGUGGUCAAUACUGAACGUUCAGAGUACAAAUGCUGUUUAUUUGCGACGCUAAAAUACAUGUGUUUUAAUUUAAAAAGUUUCCAUGUAAAUGAUAAUCAAAUAAAAUGUUAAAGUUGCA